UGGCAAUGUCUCCUUGGGCCGGGCUCCUCUCCACCACUGCCAGAGUCAGCCUGCUGCUGCUGCUGGGGUCUGUGCUCUUCUCCUGCUCCAGCCUGGGCCACAGAGUACGUGAGUUUGCCUUUACAAAAAUAGAAGAGAGCGACAUAAAAGAUGACAGUGGGAAGGAGCCGGGGACAGAGGAUGACGCUGAUCCUGAAGACCUGGAAGUGUUUUACCCCAUGGAUCAGUGGCAAACCCUGCGUCCAGGUCAGGCUGUUCCUGCAGGGUCACACGUGCGGCUGAACCUGCAGCCAGGAGACAGAGAAGCCAAGCUCCCAGACGGAGAAAAUGGGGAAAGUGACACGAGAGAAGAGAGAAGAAGGAAAAGCAAGUGGUGUGAAAGUGCUUUCUGA